UAGCUGUGACGCUCACUUUUUUAAAGACGCCCACAACUAUUAGAUUGCACAAUGGAUGUUUUGAUUUUAGGAUGUUUGUUUAAUGAGUUACCACAUUAGUUUGAUUUACUAAAAUGAUAGAUUACCACAUGUAAAAUGUGUGUAGUUAAUGAUAUGUGUAUUUGUAGUAAGUAACAUAUAUAAUUGUCAACAUUGAUUAGUAUAUUUUGUUUGUUUUCUAUUUGGUUUAAGUUCUUUCCAACUGUAAUUUUGUAAAUGGAGAUUGACAAUGGAGAACAACAAACAAGUGAGGUAUUCAAUGUCGUCAAUAAAUUUGUAAAGAUUGGGAUUGCAAGUAAAGUUAAGGAACCCUUGAUGAAUUAUGAUGUGGCGGAGGUGGCAGAGGAACUAAAACAGCAACGUGUGGCGUAAAUGUGGGAUCCGGAUCGUGGAUGGAGGAUGGACGAGUUUCAACAUCUUCUUCCAUCGCAAAUUGUUGACAAAAUCAGAGCGGUUUUGAUUGACCCUCUUGCUGUGGAAGGAGAUCAAACCUUAUGGAACCUCACCUCUAAUGGUCACUUCUCAGUCAGUUCUGCUUUCAAAGCAAUAUAAUCAUAUCACAAUCACCAGGAAGACAAGCUUUGGAAGCAAGUUUGGAAGCUCCAAGUUCCAGAACGAGUUUGUGUCUUCGUGUGGAUGGCAGCGCUAGGCAAGUUAACUACAAACCAGAUCAGGAAGGACAGACAUUUGACAGAUGACAGUUCGUGCCCUGACUGUAGUGGUAUUCCAGAAGCAAGUGUCCACUGCCUCGGGGACUGCAGGAAGGCGAGAGCUGUUUGGAAUAAAAUCCUGGCUAAUGAGAAUGAGAGGAAAGCAGCCUUCUUCAACUCGAACUACAAUGAUUGGAUUAAAGCCAAUGUCUUGGAUGACUCUUCAGGAAGCUGGGUUGGUCCUUGGGGAAGCUUCUUCAGUUUGGUUAUGUGGUAUUUAUGGAAAUGUAGGAAUGAUGUUAUUUUCAAAGGCAUCAAGUUGGCAGCCUCCUCCCUUCACCACUACAUUACAGCUAAAGCGAAUGACUGGGCUAGGACUUGGGAAUUGGCCAGGAAAGCGAUGAUUAUGGUAGAUGGAGGUCAUAGAAUAGAGACCUUGAUUGGGUGGAAAAAACCACCAGCAGGAUGGCAUAAAAUGAACACUGAUGGUGCUGCGCGAAACAAUCCUGGCUUGGCCACGACGGGAGGGGUUCUUCGUGAUCAUAAUGGGGACUGGCUCGGUGGUUUUUGCAGCAAGCUCGGUACAGGUACUCCGCUUCUAGCAGAGCUUUGGGGUGUUUUGCAGGGACUCGAGAUGGCUUGGAAGAAAGGCUCUCGGUUUCUCAUCAUGGAGAUAGACGCUCGCCUUGCAAUCCAACUAAUCGAACAGAGAAGAGACAAAGUUCAUCCGUAUGCAACGAUUCUGGGCGCUAUUCGUAGACUUUUGGCAAAGGAAUGGGUGGUUUGUCUAGUUCAAACCUACCGUGAAGGGAAUAGAGUCGCAGACUGGCUCACGAAGCACAGUCUCGUCUAUCCCUUCGGUAUAUAUGAGCUUGAAGCUCCCCCAUUGGAUUUGGACAAGAUUUGCCAAGAGGAUGUGUUAGGAAUCAGCUUUCCUAGGCUUGUGAGGCACACUUCAGAGGAAUGACUCUCUGUUUUUUCGUUUGUAUCUUUCUGGCUUUUUUGGGUUGUAGUUGCUUUGGCAGCAGUCUCAGAGUUUGUUAGCUCCUGGCGCUUGCCGCCUCCUUUUAAUAAAAAAAAAGUAGAGUUAAGAAACUUUUAGCAAGGAAAAUGGUUCCCAAAUAGAGCACUCUCCUUAGUCCUUACUCUUUAGGAUAGGAGAAGUCAAAGGUCAGGAAAAAAUGUGACUUUUUCCCUAAAUAAGCCUGUCGUUAUGCAUUAGGGUUAUAGGAUAAACACCAACUUUGCCGUCCAAACAGAAAUCACGCCUGAGAUAACAAAAUUUUACUGAAAUCAAUGAAAGAUCAAUGAACAU